GACACUGUUAACCUCGUGGUUUGCCGUAGAAAUUUCAAGGUAAUAUCAAAGAGCCUCUGGCUUGCUUGGCUAAUACAGAUUUAUCCACAAAUAAAAUGAGCGGAAAGAAAACAGAUGGGCGAUCAGGUGGUGUCAUGGGAUGGAUAAGCUCAGCUUGCCGUUUCGCGGCGGACAGAAAUGAUUUCAGAAGGAAUCUGCUUGUAAACCUGGGUUUAUUCGCAACGGGUGUUUGGGUCGCAAGAAACCUUUCAGAUUUUGACUUGAUGUCUCCUCAGCCAGUCACGUAGUUCCCACUCCGCAAAAAAUUACUUUAACAGGUGGUGCUGAAAUAGAAGAACACACAUUUUCUACCGAGGGUCUUGUUGAACAAGCCCAUUCAACACUGAAGGGAAUAAGUCUAAGCAAUUGGAUGAUCACAACUGUAAAUUUCUUCUGUACAUUCAUUGUGUUUUGUUGAAAUAAAUCUCACGCUG